ACGUGCAGUUAUUGCAACUAAUUAUACUUGCAUGCAAUGCAUGAGCACGGUAAUUUAAAGUGUAUUUUUUUAUUUAAUUUUUUUUGCAAUAGACUAUUUUAUUGCCUGAGUGCACGCAACAAUUGAUGAAGAAAUCAACUUUUCUUGGAUAGAUGACCGUGAGUGAUUUGCAUGUUAAAUGCACACUUCAUAUGAAAGAUUUUUGCAUGCCGAUCACACUGCAUUAAUUGCACAGGAAUGUGCAUCAUUGCAUUUCGGACGCGUUGCAAAUGUCUGUUUCGUUGAGAUCUGCGCAGCCUACUCUCUCCUCGCAUGUCAUUCUUUGUCACUGCUGUCCUUGCUUGAGCCUUGAUAGUUUCUGCAAGAGACAGAGAUCGUGCUGGAGUUGUUACAGACCUGAAGAAAUCCCUGUAGAAGCUCACGCAGAAAUGGGCCGAAAGGAGGGCAACUAUGAUUGGAAAAAGAGCACGGAUAACAUCCAGGAUGUGUUUGAAUUCAUGGAGGUGCUCGGAUCGGGAGCGUUCUCAGAGGUCUUCAUGGUGAAGGAGAGAAAAACAGGGAAGCAUUUUGCACUGAAGUGUGUGAAGAAGAAAAACAAAAGGGACGUCAACCUGGAGAACGAAAUCGCUGUGUUGAGAAAGAUCAAACAUGACAAUGUGGUUUGCUUGGAGGAUUUCUAUGAAAGUCGGACGCAUUACUACCUGGUCAUGCAGCUCGUUUCAGGUGGUGAACUGUUCGACCGGAUCCUGGACCGGGGCAUGUUUUCAGAGGCCGAUGCUAGUCUGGUCAUCAGACAGGUGCUGGAGGCAGUCAGCUACCUGCACAAAAGCGGCGUAGUCCACCGCGACCUCAAGCCAGAGAAUCUGCUCUACUACAGCCCUGAUGAAAACUCCAAGAUCAUGAUCAGUGAUUUUGGCCUGUCUAAGAUGGAGGAUAAUGGCAUCAUGUCCACGGCCUGCGGGACUCCAGGAUAUGUUGCCCCUGAAGUAUUGGCCCAGAAACCUUACAGCAAAGCCGUUGACUGCUGGUCUAUUGGAGUCAUCACCUACAUCCUUCUCUGUGGAUAUCCUCCUUUCUAUGAAGAAACCGAGACUCGUCUGUUUUCUAAAAUCAUGAAGGCGCAGUAUGAGUUUGACUCGCCCUUCUGGGAUGAUAUCUCUGAGUCUGCAAAGGACUUCAUCCUCAACAUGAUGCAGAAGAAUCCUAAGAUGCGUUAUGACACAGAACAGGCUCUCAGACACCCCUGGAUUAUAGGAAAGACGGCCCGGAGUCAGGACAUCUACCACUCCGUCAGCGAGCAGAUCCAGAAGAACUUUGCCAAGUCCAAGUGGAAGCAAGCCUUCAACGCUACAGUGGCCAUUCACCACAUGAAGAAACUGCAGCUGGCCCACUCUGAGGCCUGUCUCCGUCUGAAACAGACACCUGUGCCUGAGAUCAAGGUCAUCACAACAUCCACACCUGAAUCCGUGCGCAAGAAGCUGUUCGCUGAGACCCCAGAACCAAACGGCAACGUUCCCAGCAAUCAGAUGAGCGUGCCCUCCGGCUCCACCGAGUCAAAGAGUCAGUAUCACCCGGUCCGGGUCAGUCACAGCGAGACCACCCAUGUCGGGACCCUCACCAUUGCAGAGAAGAGCAAACAUGUGUAUCACUCGCAGCCAGCGGACCUAAAUGGGUACGCAAAAAGACGCUCCAAUCGUAACGGGCAGAACCUGCAGACUGGCGUUUGCUCUGUCAUGUGAUUGGCUGCUUUGGCAUUGCAUGAUUUUGACAGAUCUGUGACCUUUCACUCAGCCCCUGGCUGCUUUCCGUGGGCAGAUCCUGCUGCUCU